AAACAGAUUUUUGCUUCUGUUGGAACAGGGAAUAGAUCAGGCAUCCCCAAACUUCGGCCCUCCAGAUGUUUUGGACUACAAUUCCCAUCAUCCCCGACCACUGGUCCUGUUAGCUAGGGAUCAUGGGAGUUGUAGGCCAAAACAUCUGGAGGGCCGCAGUUUGGGGAUGCCUGGAAUAGAUCUUCGGUUGAAUAACAAGUCUCAUAUAUUGCUUAUCUGGUAACAUGUUCAGCAGGCAAUAAUUUUGAAACACAUACACGGUAGCGGUGUGCUUCAGAUUCAAGUGGGCUGCUUUGGGACAUGUGGAACUUGUCUAAAGCAGGAUCUUUCCGAAGCGCAGACCUCUACAGCAAGUCGAAGACUUGUGUCCAGUGCCACUCCUGCCUAGAAUAGACCCAUGGAAAUUGAUCAGCACAACUAGCUCAAAUCCAUUCAUUUCAGUGGUUCUAUUCUGAGUACCCAUUAAAAUUGGUAGACCUAAGUCAAGUGUAUCAAUUUUAAUGCUUCUCUUGAGUACGGCUCACAUUGGAUACGACCCAGCGUGUCUGCAAAAACUGGCAUGUUUCUCCUGCUUGCCAUGUAAGGAAAAGGCCAGGUUGGGUAGAUUUGGGGACAGGUGGCGGGGGGAGUGAACCUCGGACACCAAGCCAAACCCCAAUCCUAUAACAAUACAUAAAACACCCCAGAGAAGCACGUACAGUAGGGGUGGCAAAUCUGCUCCGUCUCCAGGACCACAGUCCCUCGUGGGCAACAUUCCAGGCACUGGUCAGAGGUUUCUACAGGGGCAGAGAGAGUGUGUAGCAGUCAAUGAGGUGCAGCUGGGGGAGGUAGCGUUGCUCACCUGGCUUCCCAAUGUGGAGGUGACUGCUGCAAAGGGAGCUGGAGCAGCCAGGCCGUGGAGAAAUCUGUACUCUGUAGGCUAAGCAGUGGCACCAAUCCGACACUCGUGCUGUUGCGCUGGUGCCCACCUCCCCACUGCCGGGGGUGUUGUCGCUGUUUAAGCCAUGGGUAGGCAAACUAAGGCCAGGGGGCCGGAUGUGGCCCAAUCGCCUUCUCAAUCUGGUCUGCAGACGGUCCGGGAAUCAGCGUGUUUUCACAUGAGCAGAAUGUGUCCCUUUUUGUAAGUUGCAGCUCUUAAAUAAAAUGGAACGGAUUCCUAUGCCCCACAAAUAACCCAAUUUGUGGGGCAUAGGAAUUCGUUCAAUUUUUUCCCCCCUGCUGAAAAAGUUUGCUGACCUCUGAUUUAAGCACACAUUGCAGCCAGGUCCAAUGUGGCAGGAGGGGAUGUGGCAAUGCCACUGAAGGUUGUGGUCUGGCGGGAAUCCUGAAGGCCGGAUUGUGAGGGCCACAUUUCACCAUAUGGGUGAAAGACAAGGCAAAGCUGAACAGUGCAGUGCUUUGCACACGCAAUAGUGCCAGUGUGGUGUAGUGGUUAAGAGUGGUAGAUUCGUAAUCUGGGGGACCGGGUUCGCGUCUCCGCUCUUCCACAUGCAGCUGCUGGGUGACCUUGGGCUAGUCACACUUCUCUGAAGUCUCAGCCCCACCCAUCUCACAGGGUGUCUGUUGUGGGGGGGGGGAGGGAAAGGAGAUUGUUAGCCGCUUUGAGGCUACUUAGGGUAGUGAUAAAGCGGGAUAUCUAAUCCAAACAACAACUCCUUCUAUUGGUGUUUCCCUCCCAAGCAGUGCCUGCACUUUCCCAGGUUCGGUUUCCUUGGAAUGAAGGUCAAUGGAGGCUGACACAAAGUCAAUAACACCCCCUGGAACUGCCCCUAAAUUAAUAGGCUCUGGGGAGGUCACACGAGGCCUCUGGGAAGCUGUGGGAGCUUUCCAAAGGCCUCACACAAUCUUCCCAAGGCCCAGUAAGCAAGGCGGAGAGCUCGAAAACUUUCCUUAUCAGGAAAACAGCACAGGGAGAGCUUUUUAAAGCCUUUCUUACCGGGUUCCAGACAGGUCACACGAAAUCUCACGAGAACUCUGGAAUACCCCUUCCAACUGUUCAUUCCCUUUCCAUUAUUUAUUUUCACACCACCUGGGCAAAGCUGUAACCAUGUAAGUAAAUCACAUACAAGUUGUGUGUCGUCUUGUAUAUACUGCCUGAGCAUAAGGUCAAAGGGUUCACAGCAUUAACACGCCAGUAGAUUUUCCCCAUUGGGAGGUUUCCAGAAAAAACCCAAGCCACAUAGCUUUGGGUCCAGAACAGAGCAAGGCAAGCCUGUGUCUCCAUCAGCCAAAGCGCACACACACACAGAGAGAGACCGGCUUACUGAGCUCCAUUGACACAGCAUCCAACCAGGUGAAGUGGGAAAAGGCCUACUCUGGUAACAGCAUGGCAUCAGAUGCUGGAAGGCCAAUUGGUCAUGGAUGCUUUAGUUGAGAUUCCUGCAAUGCAGGGGGUUGGACUAGGAAACAGAAACAGAAUUGUAGUGUUGGAAGGGACCCUGAGGGUCAUUUAGUCGAACCCCCUGCAAUGCAGGGAUAUGCAGCUGUCCUAUAUGGGGCUAGAACCUGCAACCUUGAUGUUCUGGCGCUAUCCAGGCUCCAGAAACUGCAUGAAAAAUACUGUUGAUUAUUAACAGUAUUUUUCAUGCAGUUUCUGGAUAAAAAACCAUUGUCGCUCAAGUUUAAUGCUGCAAUAUUCUCAUAAGAGCCAUUUGAAACCUGCGCUCUAAACUUCAACGAUGUGAUUAAAUAAGUAAAUAAAAUAAAAAAGAUGUUAUUGUCUUGGGUCGUUCACCCAUUCCUAAUUUCCUGAUGACGGCUAAGAUCUUUAGGGCUGCCAAUGGAAACAUGCCAAUCAAUGGUGGCUUGCGAUGUGCCCAGUCUUCUCGUCUCUAAGCUCUGCCCCCAAAGGUUAGGCAAAGCUUUUGCAGUUCAGGACUGCAGUCGAAAAAUGAGAUAGCCAGUGAAAUUCAAAAACAGUAUGCAGCUCAUAAAACAUUCUUGCUAGGAGAAAACAACACAACUUUUGAAGAGAAAUGGCGGGACUUAACUGGCCAGCUCAGGCCAUGCUCUUACAAAGGAACUUCGUUAAGAUGCCUCUUAUACUAGAAUCUAAACCUCCUAAGUAGGAAGUGAGGGUUUGAGACCCAUUGGCGGUCCUCACCUGGUUUUGCUGGCCAGUCAAAGCCAUUUCUUGGGACUGUGGCCGCUGUCACCUGCUGACAGCUUCUAGGAGCCACAGGUGAGAGCUGAGUGCAGGGUGGGGACCAAAGGUGGACAGACUGCCCCAGAGGUGUCCCCCCACCAGAGGUACUAUCCCCUCCCCUAAAAACCCCAUACAUAAUGCUAUGCCACAGUUGCCCAGUAUUGGCAGCAGGGAGCUGGAAGAAACCCUAUUUGGCACAACUACGGUAUCACCAGCCCAAACUGCACCCUUCCAAUUAAACAAGCCUGUGCAGGACCCUUCCUGUGUUGUGAUGCCAUUGCCCCAAAUGACGAACCUUCUCUGAAUCCUGGCACGCCCUAAUCGGAAGAAGGAAAAGAGUCUUCUCUUUCGCGCCAUGCUGGCUUUCUGGUAUUUCAGUUUCCCUUUUUGGAGAGCGAUUCUUUCCCAAACGCCUGGCUCAGCAAGCGAGGUUGCACACCCAAGAGCCUACAUAAAGCGCCACGAGAGGCUCUCUUACGACAGAGGAGCUUUGGAGAAGAUGCAUCAAGAGGCAAAGGAGGAGGGAGACGGGAGAUCGAUCUUGCUCGAGUUCCAAGCCUACCGGAGGGUCUUCAGACUGAGACUAUGGAGGGACAGGAGUGUUUUUGCAAGAGGCAUUGAGAUCACCAGGAGAAACGGUGAUGCCGGGCUCACGAACCUCUCUUUCAUUUACUCUGGCAUCCUAGAAGGAGAACCAGGUUCCUCGUGCCACGGGUCCGUCAUCAACAGCCUCUUUGAGGGCUUCAUCCGGACACAGAACGGCACCUAUUACGUCGAAUCUGCCGGGGCGCCUUUCUCCAGCCAGACCUCUCCAACUCAUUCAUUCAUCCAUCAUGAGAGUGACUUAGACUAUCAACUGUGGGGAGAUUCUGAAUCUGUGGCUUUAACUCGGCGGACACACAAGCACCUGCAGGAUUUCCAGAAAAAGCUCACAGCAAAGGAUCCUGAGCACUUGCUGCGACGGAAAAGAAGCUUCCUGGAUUAUUCAAAGACCUCUUGCUUGCUGCACAUUCAGGCUGACCACCUUUUCUACCGAAGGUUUGGCUCCAUCGAAGCCGUGAUCGCCCAGAUUGCCAGCUACGUAAAAGCUGUAAAUGCCAUUUACGAAGGGGCAGAAUUUGAUGGAAUCAGGAACAUUGAGUUCAAAGUUAAGACCAUCAAUAUCGUUGAGGAGGAGGACCACUCGGAGUCGCCCUUCAUCAGUCCAGAGAUGCUCCUGAUGUUGCACUCCAAAACCAACUGGAACAGUUACUGCUUAGCUUUUCUGCUCACCAACAGGGAUUACAGUGGAGUUCUGGGCAUCGCUUUCAAUGGACAACCUGGUGAUUCUGGAGGGAUUUGCUCGAAGCAGCGCACCUUCCAAGACAAGGAGGUCUCGAUGAACACGGGGCUGAUCACGUUGCAGAAAUAUGGGCAGCUCCUUCCUCCAAGGCUGAUCCACGUCACCCUUGCCCACGAGCUCGGACACAGCCUGGGCGCCUACCACGAUGAGAGCAAAGAGUGUUCCAGUUUUCACAUCGACACAACCAAGGGGAAGUACCUGAUGUUCAGCUACGCCACGGAUGGGGGAGAAUUCAACAAUGACAAAUUCUCCCCGUGUAGCCGCGCCUACAUUGCAAAUCUCCUGCGGCUCAAGAAGGACACUUGUUUCGUUGAAACAGACCGUCCCAUCUGCGGGAACCGGAUUAUGGACCCGGGAGAGGAAUGUGAUGUUGGCAAUGAUGCCACAGACCCCUGCUGCUAUGGUGCGGCAGAGCCUAGCGGGAUCCGGUGCCGGCUGAAACCGGGAGCCCUGUGCAGCCCUAGCCAGGGACUCUGCUGCAGCCACAAAUGUGCCCCCAAACCCCGAGGGGAGCGAUGCCAGGCAGAGACUGACUGCGCUUCAGAAAGCACCUGCUCUGGGGCAGAAGCAACGUGCCCAGCACCCCUUCCGAAAGCAAACUUCACCCUCUGCGGCAUGCAGUCCCGGGUGUGUCUGAACGGGCUCUGCGUGGGCUCCCUCUGCGUGCGGCACGAAUUGGAGCAGUGUGAUUGUGUCUCCACUUCCCUGAGAGAGAGGUGCCAAGUCUGCUGCCAGCUUCCAGGGAGAGCCGACACUUGCGCCAGCACUGCCUCUGCCGCCUGGGGCCGUUUCUUCAACGGCUCCGAAAUCCCGCUGAUUCCAGGUUCGCCGUGUGGGGGCAAGGCUGGCUACUGUGACAAAUUCCAUAUCUGCCGAUUUGUCGAUGAAGACGGGCCUGUUGCUCGGGUGAAAAACUUCAUCCUGGACUUCAUCGAGAUGGAAGACGUCGCCACCUGGAUGAAGACACGCUGGUGGGCCAUCCUUCUGAUGAUUUUGACAUUGGCCGCUAUGAUGGCAGCAACCAUCUUCCUCUUUGGGAGGACGGUCGACACUGAAACAGAUGAGAGAGCGACGAGGGUUUCCGAUAAGAAGAUUUCUCUCAACCAGCACCCAGAGAACCAGCAUGCUUUCUUCUACUGGGAACAUGAGGAGAUCUAUAUCGAAUCCCUGCGGCAGGAGUAUGAAACCAUUAUAUAGAGCCCCACUCCUUCAAAAGGCAGUCUGCGGGACUAUGUUUGAAUAUCCUGAGCCUGCAGCUUUUCAUAGAAUCCUAGAGUUGGAAAGGACCCCCGAGGGUCAUCUAGUCCAACCCCCUGCAAUGCAGGAACCUCAGCUAAAGCAUCCAUGGCAGAUGGCCAUCCAACAUCUGCUUAAAAACUUCCAAGGAAGGAGAGCCCACCACCUCUCGUCGGGGUCCAUUCCAUUGUUGGAUGGCUCAUACUGCCAGUUUUUCCUGAUGUUUAGUCGAAAUCUCCUUUCUUGUAGCUAGAAGCCAUGGGUUCGAGUCCUGCCCUCCAGAGCAGGAGAAAACAAGCCUGCUCCAUCAUCCGUGACAGCCCUUUAAAUAUUUGAAGAUGGCUCUCGUAUCUCCUCUCAGACUCCUUUUCUCCAGGCUAAGCAUACCCAGCUCCUUCGACCAUUCCUCACAAGGCUGUUUCCAGACCUUUAAUCAUCUUGGUCGCCUUCCUCUGCACACCUUCCAGCUUGUCAACAUCCUUCUUAAAUUGUGGCGCCCAGAACUGGAGACAGUAUUCCAAGUGUGGUCUGACCAAGGCAGAACAGAGUGGUACUAUUACUUCCCUUGAUAUGGACACUAGACUUCUGUUGAUGCAGCCUGGAAUAGUGUUAGCUUUUUUUGCUGCUGCAUCACCCCGUUGACUCAUGUUACGUCUGUGAUCGACUAAAACCCCUAGAUCCUUUUUCAGAUGCACUGCUAGUAUGUCAGGUGUCUCCCAUCUUAUAUUUGUGCACCAAGCUUAGAUUUGUUCUUCCUUAGUGUAGAGCAGGCAUACCCAAACUUCGGCCCUCCAGAUGUUCUGGACUACAAUUCCCAUCAUCCCUGACCACUGGUCCUGUUAGCUAGGGAUCAUGGGAGUUGUAGGCCAAAACAUCUGGAGGGCCGCAGUUCGGGGGUGCCUGGUGUAGAACAUUGCAUUUAUCCCCAUUGAAAUUCUUUUUGCUCAUUGGGGUCCAGCUCUCUCAUCUGUUAUGGUCACACUGAAUCCUGAUUCGAUCUUCUCCAUCCUUGUUGAUAAGACUCCUGCAAAGAAAUGCUACCAGCUACCAGGAAGCGCUCCAUCGUUCCGUCACACUCUUGUGUGACCAAGAAAACAGGCUGUGGAGGCGUGGCUAUGCAAAUCAAGGGGCAAAGUGGGCCAGGGAGCAGCAGGCUUGAUGCUUAGUGGAUGGGGGUUUUGUGGGGUCACCACCAAAUCAGUGUAGAGUCGAGGGGUGCCUAAACUUUUUUUCAAAGAAGGCCAGAUUUGAUUAAUUUGCGUUGAGCUUUUUUUUUUUUUACAGUUUUACCCCAAAGUUGUUGAACUUUCUUUAGGAUUUAACCCAAAGUUGUUGAACUUUCUUUAGGAUUUAACCCAAAGUUGUUGAACUUUUUUUAGGAUUGAAGUUGAUGAGCUUUCCUUAGGAUUUUACCCCAGGACUUAUACCUGCCACGAAGGUUGGAUUAAAUCAACCGGCGGGCCGGAUUAGGCCCCAGAAAUGGAUUUUGUACAUGCCUGGUGUAACCCUUUCCCUUUUUCCUGCACAGGCAAACAGCCCCAAAAUUAUGGUACUUCCAUUGUUCCUGUUCUGCGGUGCUCAAUGGGUACCGCCCACCCAACUGCUGUCCCAUUGCCCUUACGCUGCUACAAUUCCCACAGUUCCCUGCAAAGAGAGUUAAAGCGCUCUGGGAAUUGUAGCUCUGUGAGGAAUCGUGGGGGGGGGGGGGGUCUCCCAAGGACUCUCAGGACACUUAGCAAACUAGUUUCCAAAAAUUAUUGGGGGGGGGGGAGAGCCAGGACUGUUUCAAAGUGGGUUUUAAAAGUUGGGUGUGAAUGUGGCCCUUCAAGGACUGUGGGGGAGAAUGAAUGAAGUUGUUUAUGAAGCGUGGGGGGGGAGAGUGUCAAUGCUCAGGGAGAGGGAAGCAAUGGGAAGCAGGAAGAGCCAUUGAAGAAAGCAAGGAAGUCUAGGAGGCACCCAGGAGAGGGAUCUGGUUCACUUGAACAUUGCCGCAGAACUCUGGUUAGCUACCAGCGAUGGACCCCUCCCGGGUGCAGUUGAAAGUGCUUGGACCAGGGGUUCCCAACAAAAUUUUCUCGAGGACCCCUCAUCGAGCCGCUAUUGUGACAAGGACCCCCAUUAAUUCCUAAUCCUAAAAUUAAAAAGUGAGAGCCAAAUUAAGAGUCUUUUUAUAUUUUAUAUUUAUACGUUUUUUACAGUUACAACAGAGUACUCCAUCAGUAUACAGUUAGUUUUAAUUUUCAGUUCUUAAUGAGAUGACCCACUUUUUAACCAACGGUCCAUUUUUAACUACGCGAACUGUAGCUUCCGCGAAAAACAACGCUUUGUUUACAAACACUACUGUUUUGCAAAGAGGCAGCGCGUGCCAGGGAGGAGGGAGGGGAAUGGAGAAGACAGGGUACCUGCGCAGUAGCGCACAAAUGAAGCCGACGCACGCAAAGCAUCUUGGGGAGGUGAGCGUUAGUUUGCCUCUUUGCAAAACAGUAGUGUUUGUAAAGCACCACCUAACGGCAUACAGCAGAACUACUGCCUCUAUCUAAUUCUAGUUUUGCGCUAGACUCUGCUCAUGCAGGAAGCGGCCAAAACAAAAAAUCUGUUAUCAUACGAAAUAUAUUUAAUAUAUUUUUUAUUCUAAUAGCAUCUUGCGGACCCCUCUGGCAUAGCUUGCGGACCCCUGGGGGUCCGCGGACCACCUGUUGGGAACCACGGACUACUGCAAUGCGCUCUACGUGGGGCUACCUUUGAAGGUGACCUGGAAACUACAACUAAUUCAGAAUGUACAAGACAAGUUGGGGCAAGGAAUUCUGUACUGGAAGAGAGUUGGCAACCCAGUCAGAUGGGUGGGGUACGAAUAAUAAAAUUACUACUGUUGUUGCUGUUCUUUUGCUAAUAAACCAAGUGGCGGGAGCACUGGCAAGGAAACUCCCACAAUCCAAACACUGCAGGGGGCUUCCAGUGCCCAACUCCUCCUUUGAUCCUUUCCAUAAAGGGAUUAUUCCUAGCAAACAAGAAAUCCCGUCUGAUAUGGAGGGAGCAGCCUCUCAUACAGACAUCGGAUCAGUCCAGCAGCACGCAGCCCCAUCCUCCUUGAAUUUGUCUAAUCCUCUUUUAAAGCCAUCAAAGUUGGGGGCCAUCGCUGCCUCCUGCGGGAGGGAGUUCCGGAGUUUUUAACACGGCGCUGCGCAAAAAAACCUAUUUUUAAGGCCACCUGAGAGGGUUUGCAACAGCCCCCGUUCACCUCAAACUCCGCCGCGACCAUGGAACACUGGUCCUAAAAGGCCUACAUUGGCUCCUGGUAUGUUUUCGAGCACAAUUCAAAGUCUUGGUGCUGACCUUUAAAGCCCUAAACAGACUUUGCCCUGUAGUCCUGAAGGAGUGUCUCCACCCCCAUCAUCCAGCCUGGACACUGAGGUCCAGCUCUGAGGGUUUUCUGGCAGUUCCCUCCCUGCGAGGAGUGAGGUUACAGGGAACCAGGCAGAGGGCCUUCUCGGUGGUGGCGCCCGCCCUGUGGAACACCCUCCCACCAGAUGUCAAGGAAACAAACAACUAUCUGACAUUUAGAAGACAUCUGAAGACAGCCAUGUUUAGGGAAGUUUUUAAUGUUGGAUGUUUUAUUGUGUCUUUCAUAUUCUGUUGGGAGCCGCCCAGGGUGGCUGGGGAAACCCAGCCAGAUGGGCGGGGUAUAAAUAAUAAAUUAUUCUUAUUCUCAUUAUAAAGUCUUUUAUUGCAGCCCUUGAGAAACAGGGGCCAGACUCUGGUGCUGAAGACCUCCCCAUUAAAGGUGGCAAGAGGGGGCCUUAUUGGAGGGGCUUCAUUUGACAAGGUCCUUCAUGUACUUCCAUCCAUGCUGGGUAUAUUCACAGGCCCUGGUGGGGGCUACGGAGAGAGCGCCAAUUGUC